AUGGCUAGAGACAAGAAUAUUGGUCCAAUGGUUCUUCUCCUUGUUUUUGGUAUGAUCUCACAUCCUUCUUCAACUAUUGUUCCUAUUCUUCUCCUUAUAUCCUACCAUCUUGUGAGGACUGAAAGGAGUUCAAUCCUACUGGGAAUCAAUCCAAGCACAGCCAAAAUUUGCCCUCAGUAUUGUACGGACCAGGCAGGUUAUAUGACCUGUCCAUCUUCAGGCAAUACGCAGCUUUUGCCAUCUUGCAAUUGUUGCUUAGCUCCGGCAGGCUGCACCAUUUACAGAGCUGACGGAACUUCAGUCUGUACUGGUACUUAA